UUGUUUUUAACACAAUUCGGGUCGCAGUUGAGGAGUAGAGGCUCCUUACGUAAGGAAAACUGGUAAAUAUCGAGUGUGGAUUACAAAAUAGUAAAUGCUGCAGAGAAGAUAACAGUGUUGAUAUUGAAAAUGCGGCAAGUCUGGGGACGCUCAGUAUGGCAACUGCGUUCGAAUUGUGCGACUUCGAACCUGCUCGUCGUGUUGUGUUUAUUCGCGAUAUUUUCAGCUGUUUCGGGCCAAGAUUCAUGUAGUGUUGGACCAUGUUAUCCUUCUCCUUCGGACAUUUCAAAGUAUUUUAAUGUUACGGCGAACUCAACUUGCGGUAACCCGUCAGAACUAUACUGCGUUAACUUGGAUUGCACUAACGUUUGCAACGCAUUCGACGAUAAUCUUGCACAUAGUGCCAGUCUUGUGAAGGACGAUUUUAGCAAAAACACUUUCUGGAAGUCAGAAAAUUACGAGUUUCCUGUGGUUCUACAGCUAGAGGUUCGAAGAACUUUCAUGCUGUAUCAGUCUGUGGUUACUUUUUAUCACGAGUUACCGGCUGCAAUGUACCUUUUGAAGUCAAAUGACUCUGGAAGAACAUGGAAUCCCCUAACCUACUUUGCAACGAACUGUACAAAAUAUUUUAAUCUACCAGAAACGCCAGAGAACGAAAGAGAGGGUUUGAAAAUUCAGUGUUUCAAAAUAGACACCGCUACAAAUCUCAACAAGCAGCUCUUUUAUACACCAAUGCAAGAUCCAGCAGCAGCACUAAACCUUCUCACUGAUACAGAGAAACAGGCCUUCUUUCUUAUGACUGAUAUAAAAAUGGUUCUGGUCAAGUUUAUAAUUCCUGGUGGGGUUGAAACAUUAACAGAUAGUCUCAAGAGAAGCUUCUUCUUCACUGUGUCAGAUUGGGAUGUGUUAGCAUCUUGCUUCUGCAAUGGCCAGGCAUCAAAGUGUGAUCCAGAUGACUUCUCCAAGUGCAUAUGUGAAAGGAAUACUGAUGGUCCAAACUGUGAAAAGUGUUUACCACUCUACAAUAACAAACCUUACCAGAUACGAGAAGCAUGUGAAGCAUGUGAAUGCAAUAGUCAUGCUGACAGCUGCUCCUACAAUGAAACAAAAGGAUAUGGAGUUUGUAAUGAUUGUAAGCACAACACAACAGGGGAUAUGUGUCAACUUUGUAAGGAGACCUUUUACAGAAACUCAGCUGUAUCACAGAAUACCACCAAUACUUGUCUGGCCUGUGCAUGUCAUGUUCCUGGUGUAAACACUUCAGCUGACAGCUCACGGUGUGAUAGUGUUACUGGUCAGUGUGCAUGUAAGAGUCGAGUGAUGGGAAGGGCCUGUGAUAUGUGUCGCGGUACUUACUGGAAACUAACUGCAGACAACGAGGCAGGCUGUGAAGAAUGCCACUGCAAUUUAACUGGAACAGUCAACAGUUCCAAUGUGUGUGACAAGAUAACUGGUCAGUGCCCCUGUAAGCAGCUACUCACAGGAAGGACAUGUAACCAGUGCCAAGAUGGUUACUUUGGAUUGACAUCUGAAAACCCUGGCUGUACUGCAUGUAACUGUGACCUGGCUGGCUCAGUAAAUACCUCAUGUUCUUCAUCUGGGAAAUGUUACUGCCGUCCCAAGUUCUCUGGGGAUAAAUGUGACAAGAUUGAUGAAGGCUUCUUUGUCCCAAGUGUAGAUUUUAUGACGUUUCAGGCUGAGGAUGCUACACCCAUAACUCCACAAACAAAAACAAUCAGUCAUCAAGAAAUUGUUAAUGCAGCUGGAAACAUUGUUCUUAUGGUUGGUGUGGUAUUGAAUGAGGGAGUGAAUAAUGCUGCACCAACUGAGCUGGAGUUCACUGUCAACAUUCCCAAAACAGGAUUCUUUAAUUUUGUCCUGCGUUACAUGACUGGUUAUAACUGGAAUUUGGUUAAGAUAACUGCUUUGCUGCGGACAGCCUUUGUGCCCUUCACGUGCAACAACAUCAAUCAAAUCACUAAGAAUGAGCCUCUUAUCCUGACUGGGACAGUGUUGUCUGAAAGUGAAGCGCAUGAUUAUGGAAGUCACUGUUUAUUAGCGGGUCAGUACAGUGUAAAACUUCAAAUACCUGCUGGAAGUGCUCAACAAGGUGUUCUGGUCACUCGAAGGAAAAGAAGGGCAUUGCCUGAUGCAGACAUCACUGUUGAUUCUCUUUUAGCCAUGCCGACUGUGUCUGAGUAUGAUGUAUUCAAGGAAGCAUCUGCUGAAGUUCAAGAAAACAUGACAUUUUACUACAAUGCAUCAUCAUCCCUGAAAACCUGGUCAGCAAACUCUGAGGCAGGAAGUCGUGCACUUGCACCAGUGUUUGGAAGCACUUUUGGAGAGGGACAAGCAUGUAACUGUAGCUCUGUGGGGUCAAACGACCCUGAUGAAUGUGACAGAUAUAGUGGACAAUGUUCCUGCAAGCCUAAUGUGAUUGGUCGCACUUGUGAUCAGUGUAGGCCAGACUAUUUUAACUUCACCUCUGGUCAAGGUUGUCAAGAUUGCAACUGUAGCAUGACUGGUGCAAAUGAAACAUCUUGCCAUCCUGAAACAGGGCAAUGUUCCUGCAGGGAGAAUGUAAUAGGCCAACAUUGUGAGCAAUGUGAAAUAAACUAUUAUAACUUUAAUAGUGGGGCAGGCUGCUCUUCCUGUGACUGCAAUCCUACUUACUCCACCAGCCUGCAGUGUGAUGGGAACACUGGUGUGUGCAGCUGUAAGCCUGGUAUUAAUGGAGCAAAAUGUACAGGAUGUGCUGAUCAGUUUUACAAUCUUACAGACCAAGGUUGUAUGUCCUGUGACUGUAACCUUGCGGGAAGUGCCAGCCCUGUCUGUAACAAGACUACAGGCCAGUGCCCUUGUAAGGCUCAAUCUCUAGGCCGUCAGUGUGACAUGUGCCCAGCUGGUUAUUAUGGCUUAAGUGUCCAGAAUCCUCAAGGUUGUUUGAAGUGUCAGUGUUCAAAUAAAUCAUCAGAAUGUGUUACUGACCCAGGAUGGUUUGUUUCAACUCUGAACACCACUCUGUCAGUGUUUAGUGACAAUGUUGAUCUGGAUGGUUGGAGUACUAUAGACAGUGCAGGAAAACAAGUCAAUCCAGUUUUGGACUGGGAUGUUACUGUAAACAUUGAGAAGGGAUCUAUGAAAGUUGACACUCAAGGCUCAGAUGAUAUCUACUUUGUUGCUCCUGACAAGUACCUUGGGGACAAGAGAUCUGCUUAUACAUAUGCGUUGUCAUUCCAUUUACAACAGGACAAUGCAUCCAGCCCUGCAACAUCCUCUAAGGGUGAUGUUAUCCUUGAAGGCAAGUGGUUUGAUGAACCUCUUGUCUCAAGUCUUGAUGCUGCUCCACCAGGUGGAGAAAAUUUUAGGAAAUAUGAGGUAAAGCUUGUUGAAAGCAAUUGGAGAGUUGGAAACACCUCUGGGCGGCAACCUUCAAGUUAUGAAAUGAUUGUUGUAUUAAGUCAUUUGACUUCGCUGCGUAUCAGGGCCAAGUGGACAACUCUCACAACGAAACUGUUCACCCGAUUGGCUGAUAUUGAACUGACUCUUAGUAGCAGGAGCAAUAUAAUUCCUGGGGCGGAAAGUGCUUUGAACAUCGAGAAUUGUUCAUGCCCCGUGGAGUACAAAGGACAGUUUUGUGAACAGUGCGCGAGUGGCUACACACGUGUCACGCCAAAUGGAGGCCCUUACGUGACAUGUGUACCGUGCGAGUGUAACGGACACUCAGACAUGUGCGACCCUGAGACUGGAGUGUGUCUGGACUGUCAACACAACACCACAGGCGAUCAUUGUGAAAAAUGUCUAGAUGGUUGGUAUGGCAACGCCACUAAUGCCACGCCCAACGACUGCAGCCCGUGCCCAUGCCCCAGCGGACCAUUUGCCGUCAAUCAGUUCGCUAAGACCUGCGUGCUUUCAAGUGACGGUCUACCAACCUGUGUGAACUGCACCGUGGGUCACGAGGGACGGUAUUGUGAACGAUGCAUGGACGGUUACUUUGGACGGCCAAAGGAACAGGAUGGGCAAUGUCGCAAGUGUAACUGUAACAACAACACAGAUCCUGCAGCCACCGGUAACUGUAACACCACAACAGGCGAAUGCCUCAAGUGUCUUUACAAUACCACUGGGUCCAACUGUCAGUGGUGUGCACCAGAAUACCAUGGAAAUGCAUUGAACAAAAACUGUACACCCUGCAAUUGUUCGAAUGUUGGUGCAGUGGAUAACAAAUGUAACAAUAUGACUGGUUCGUGUUACUGUCAUCCUUAUGUGACCGGCAAGUUGUGUGACAGAUGUGAACAAAACGCUUUUAAUUAUACCUCGUCUGGCUGUUCGCCUUGUAACUGUGACAUUGAUGGCUCAAAUGAAACUCAGUGUGACUUGACGUACGGAAACUGCACCUGUAAACCAAACGUGAUUGGUAAAAAGUGUGACAUGUGCGAUGCAAGCUUCUUUGAUGUAAAGCAGAGUUGUCUAGCGUGUAACUGUACAGCAAACCAAACUCUUGCCAAUACUACUUGUGAUCCGGUCAGCGGUCAGUGUAAGUGUGAUGUUAGUGAAGCAGGAGGUCGUUAUGGGGGCAGACAGUGCGAUACAUGCGCGAGGAGAACUGUGGGGAGCCCUCCCAAGUGUUAUCCGUGCACCGAAGACUGCUACUUGAACUGGGAAAACACUAUAUCCAGAGAAACUGACAGAGUCAACGAGCUUUACAGUAACGUUACUGAACUGCUUGAGUCGUUUGGGAGCAUGUCGGUGGAUAGCAUCAACAGCACACUUCAGAAGUUGAAAAAGAACGUGACCUAUGCGGAAGAGAUAUUCAGCAGCGGUGGAAAAGAGGAUCUGCAAAAGAAGCAGCAGCAAAUUAACAGGAUUCAAAACUCUAUAAGCUCUCUCCAGCGUCAGCUGAACGAAUCUAAGAGUUUGAUUGAAGACGCUCAGACCUACAUCUCAAAGGUGAUUAACUUUAACGGAAGUGUCCCAAUAAUUCCCGCCGAUCCAAUGAUGUACUCCUCAUCCCCUGAAGUCUGCCUCAGUGGGGGAGGUGCGAUUGUGAUCGUGGACUGGAAGUGUAUUGAAGCCAUGGCAACGAUCUACCGCGUGCGUGCGAUGGAAGCUAAUGAAUCAGGACAUGCAAACUACUCGAGUAUUCAAAGCAGUUACAGUAUGAUUCAGCAGGCGAACUCUACAGCUUACCAUGCAGCUAUGCAGAUCAAUGAUUCUCUAGAAAAACUAAAGCUCGUUACAUUUGUCAGAGAAAAAGUAGAAUCGGACCUUGGUGAUACCUUUCAGACCUUAUACCGUAAUAACUCCAUGCGACUUGAAGAAAUCAGCAAAAUCAACGAGAUUUUGCAGGCACUGGUGAAAGAAGCGGAAAUUAUUGGAGAACAAGCAAACGGCAAUUUGACCAUGGCUGUGGAAAACGCAAAUCGAUCAAAGGAUCUAGCCGGUCAGCGGAAGCGAGAAGCUCAGAGCGCGCUGGACAAUGCCACCAAUGCACACUCAGAUACUUUGCAGGCCAGUGGUGAUGCAAACAACGCGUUAAAGACAGCCAUGGGGUUUAAAGAAAACGCUACAAUGGUACUCCAACAAACACAAGAUGCCAUCAAUAACGUAUCUGCAGGAAUCAACACCAUAGCCAGGGUUAAUAACAUGACAAAGGAAGCGACGAACAUUGCAAAUGAAGUCCGUGCCAUGAACAUGCCUGUGAGUCUGCAACAGAUCCAAAACCUUACUGAUGAGAUUCUGAACACAAAUGUUAGCCAAGCAAUGGUGAACCAGACUCUAAAAGCUGCACAAAAUGGCCUGGAACAGGCACGAGAAGUGGAAGCCCUCUCGCAGAGAGCCAUUAAUGUUGCACAGGAGACUCUAAAUCAAGUGCAAGGGAUUGAAACAGCUAUGAACUCAUCAGAGCACAUUCGACAGCAGGUCAUGUCUCUGCAGCAAGAAACUGAUGGAAUGGUUGCUGACAUCAAUAAUAUCACACAAACGGUUGAACAUCGUUUCUCGGCGUCGUACUCCUCAGGAAAGAGUUUACUGACGAAGAUAAACAAAACCCUGGACGAUAUAGAAGAAGGAUUGAACUGCUUUGAUACUGCGAAGACCGACGCACAGAAUGCGUCGCAUACAGCUGAAAUGGCCUUUAAUAUCUCUAAGCAAGCGAAAGAGACCUUCGACAACAGCACGGCAUCUUUGCCACCUGUCGCGUCCUUGGUGAACUCAUCCUAUGAAGCGGCAAGCGGUAACCUCUCAGAAGUACAACAAGCUCAUCAGGAUUCGGAACAACUACUUACGGACGUGACAGAGGCUGAAGAAUUGCUGACCCAGUACAUCGCACAGAGAGACGAACUCGAAAGACUGGGUCGAGAACUCCAAGAACUUGAUAGAGAGGCAGAUGAAUUACUAGGACAGUUUAGUGUGGCUGCUGAGCAGUAUUCACAGUGUGCGGGCGCAUAACGAACUCUAGUCUGGACAACAGACGUCAGUCUUAAUUUUCGUUUAUAUUUGUAUAACGAUAUUACUUACAAAGACAGUCAACAGGUUUUUCUAAGAGCAAGUAUAGUGUUUCUUUCUUGCUGUACGGUUAGGUCGUGCCAUUUUCAGCGGUUUUACUGCAUUGUAAAUGAUAUUUAGUGUAAGUAAAAUCCGGCGGCGAAAUUGAGAGCCACUUGAAAAUCUGUCGUGGCUGGCAGAUUCUGAUAUUUUAAAGGAGUUACGCCACGAAAUUUUUUAGACACUUUUUAUGGGAGGAGAGGGAUCGUCAUAAAUGUUUGUCAAGGAAAAGAAACCAGUAGAUUAUGGUUCGAGGAAGCUUAACACCAACCAGAUAAAUUGAAACCAAAAAUACGAAAAGAGGAUGAUUAUGGAUGCAGACGAUUUUAUGUAAAUGGAUGGAUAACAGCCCUGAUAAAAUUGUUUUGAAUUUUAUCGCACGAUAAGUCAACUGAAGGCAUUACGGUAAUUGAUACAAGUUUUGAGCUCAACAAAUGCUUGAAACAUGGAUAUUUGGACAUAGACAUUUAAACUUUUAAUUUGCAUGUUAACAAGUCUUCUAGGACUCCAGCAAAUGUUAGCUUAUGAUUAGUAAUGAUUUAAACUCUAAGUAUUGCUAAAUUGAUAUUUUUAAUGGUUAAGAGUGUAUAGAAGAAGUUGGAAAUACUCUGGGAUUUAAAAUGAUUAUCUACUCGUAAUUUUGCUGAUCGGCCAGAAGCAAACUUCUUUUAAAGCUGUUUUAUGGUAGGAACAACGACAUGCGUGGGCUUCUUGUUAUUCAAGACCUUAAAACUCCAUUAAAGCAAAAAUUACUCGUAUGGAAAUGCUUGAAGAGUGCCUCUUUAGGAUGCCGAGUCUAUGAAGAGUUUAACGUUGCAAUUCUUUUCUCUAUUUUUACUUGAGACAAACUUGCGCGUUUUUAGGUGCUCUUCUACGCGUGAUCCAAAGAGGAAAAGUGUACUAUUCACCGGAAUUCACUCAGCAGCUCAAAUGGAGAGAUUUUGUUGUUGCCAUAAGCUAGCAUUAUGUUGACGCCUUUUGUUUUUCCAUGGACCAUAAUUAAAGAUAUACGUGUCUUUCAGAAAAACUUUAAAGCAACAGUUGCCUCAAACUAUGAGCAACAGUCUCACUUAGAGCGCUGUAGCUAAAAGUGCAAAGAUGUUUCGACCAGAAAAAGUGAACAGAAAUUCUGUGUAACCCACGCAAAGUCGUUCCUAUCGCUUUCCCAAACACUAACAACGACUCGUGAAGAGAGAGAAGUAUCGAGCGUUUCAUUUUUGAUUUUGUAAUUGAUUAAUUUUCAAAGGAAUAAGUCUUUCCUUUAAAUAAAUGUCAUUGGAACGUUUUCGGUCUAAUCAUUAGAGCUAGUUAGGUAGUAUAUGUAUAUCGGAUAAGAGUGUGUUGUACAGUAUUUAUUUAUAAGAUGAAUGAUGGCAUUUUUACAUUCAAUUGAAGUGAAAAUAAAAGUUUUUUAUUGAUA